AUGGUAAAACGAUCUUUAGUUACUCGUAUGAGUUUCUUCUCUCGAAUAUUUUGUCAGCGGAGCUUUCAGAUCAACAAAUUUAGUACUUCCAGUGUAUGCUCAAAUUUAAAAGACCGAAAUAAUGGGAUUUUAUUAUAUGCUUCAAACUCCAUGAAAGAAAAGAAGAGGCUUCCAUUCGUUCCAGGUUCAAAUACAUCGAAGAAUGGCUUUCAAGACAGGAAAAGGCCUAACAAUGUCCCUAGGAAAAAACCUCGUUUUCAAUGGACUUCAGGAUCUGAGCGGGCACAAAGGGCUGCUGACCAAGUCUUACAGCAAGUCUUCAAUAUGAACGGGCGUGGGGUGGUAAAAGUUGUUGAUCAAGAAACAAAUAAACUCGUAGAGACUACUGUAUUAGAGUUUGUUAGGGGCGUUGAUCUCGAUAAAUGUGGUCUCUCCAUUGUCAAUUUGGAAGAGAGAUCUGGUUAUCAAAUACCUUUACUGAAACUCAUUGACGUUAAAGCUGCUUUGAAAAAGCAUUCGGAUGAAAUUGGUCGUCGCAAAAGAGACGAAUUAAGUCGAAUGGGUCUGCCUUCAAAAAGAAUGGGUAAAAGUAAUGAGCACGAAAAAAGUAGUGACAACGUUAAACAUAUCAAGGUAUCGUGGCAAAUAUCAGAUUUUGAUCUUGCUAAACAAAAAGCAAAUGAGAUAUCUUCACAGCUGAAGAAGGGCUUCAAAGUAAAUCUCUACAUUGAUUCUAAAGAUGCCCUGAGUAAAGCAAAUUGGGCGGAUAAGUUUGAAGGCAUCGAUAAUUACGACGAUAAUAGAAAGAAGAUUAGCAACAGAGAACUGAAACGUAGAGAAGAAGUCCUUGAACAGCUUAAAUUAAUUUAUGAGGAGCUCACUCUUCAACCGACCAUUGAAGGUGAUCUGAAGUCUCGAAUAAUUCUACGACUACUACCAAAGCCAGUAAUGGCCAAAAAGGAAGACAAAUAUGCUCUCAAGGAAUUGAGAAGGAAGCAAAAACAAGCCAAACUAGAAAAAAGACUAGAGCGAAAAAAGCAAAGAGAUGAAGAUGAAAGUGGUUAG